CGCUUUCCUGUGCGCCUCGCGUUGAACGCAGCUCCCUGCGACGCGCUGAAUGCGGAGCGGAGCGGCGCGCUGCAUACCAACAGGGACGCGGAGCAGGCUCAUCUUUUAGCCGGGACUCGCAGACCCCGUCCCAAUUCAAAACAGGUCAAAUUAUAUACUGGACGACUUCAAGCCCAUCUUUGCCUCCAAUGCAUUUUCUGAAAAGAACUCUCUAUCAUUGAGGGCACUGAGAGGCAAACUAAGUGUGUCUGGGGUAUUUGUUCUUUCUGCUGUGGUGUUUUUCUGGCUGAGAGAGUCUGCACUGGAGAAGAUAAACAACCCCACCAGCCGCUGUCGGACGGGAGUCAUUAAAAGGAAAAGUCAGGACUGCUUUUUUUUUUUUUUUCUGUAGAAGCCUCUGACAUUCAUUCACGCGCUCAUUUUUUUUUUUUUUUUUGUAUAUACAAACAUAUUCCCUGCAACGUUUCCUGAAGGAGGAAUACCUUGACAUUUGGCUUCAAAACCAAAAUCAAAAAAUCAAUCAGAACUCCAUCAUGGGCCACCUACUCUUGCGGAACGCAUUUGCUGGUUUGAUCCUGGUUCUGCUGUCGAAAGGGUCCAGCGUGCAUGGAGCGGAAUUCGGACAUCUGCCUGACAACAUUACAGUACUGGAAGGCGAAAGUGUCACUUUGAGAUGUCGGAUCGAUGAGGAGGUGACCCACAAAGCUUGGCUUAACCGCUCUAACAUCCUCUUCGCUGGGACAGACAAGUGGUCCCUGGACAAGCGUGUGACGCUGGUCAACAGCAACAACAGCGACUUCUCCAUUCACAUUGACAAAGUGCAAGUAACAGAUGAAGGACCUUAUACCUGCACCUUCCAGGCCAAUAACCAGCCCCGCAUCGCCCACGUCUACCUCAUUGUCCAAGUGCCAGCAAGAAUUGUCAACAUCUCAAAAAAUGUGUCCGUGAACGAGGGAGAAAAUGUAAACCUUUAUUGUCUGGCGGUCGGCCGGCCAGAGCCCACGGUCACCUGGAAGGACCAGAAAUAUGGCCUGGUGAGUGAAGGGGAGUUCCUGGACAUCACAGAGAUCAAGCGGCAGCAGGACGAGGAAUAUGAAUGCAUCACCAACAAUGGCGUGGCUCCACCUGACCAGCGCAAGGUCAAAGUCACGGUCAACUACCCUCCCAUGAUCACAGAUACAAAGAACAUGCCGGCUCAUUUGGGAAAAACGGCAAUCCUGCGUUGUGAAGCAGAGGCAGUCCCACCAGCCUUCUUUGAAUGGUUCAGAGAUGACCACAGGCCAGUGGAGAAUGACAACACCUUGAGGAUCAAACACGAGGAUAAGCGCUCGCUGCUGAUGUUCAUCAAUGUGACGGAGAAACAUUUUGGCAACUACACUUGCUAUGCCAGAAAUCGGCUGGGCGACUCCAGCGCCAGUAUGCUGCUCUUUCGACCGGGAUCCCUGCAGGGGCGAGGGACUGCUCUACAUGCAGGGAUGAGUGUCAGCGUGUGUGCUUGGGUUUCCAUGUCUGCUGUUCUACUGCUGAAGGUGUGAUGAUGCCACUCCAUUUGGAAUCGUCCUCAACGCCCCCAAUAGCCCCACUUCUCCCUCCGCUCCCUCGUUCCCUCUCUAUCGAAGGAAAACGGAAAUUAAAUUCUUUAAUUACGAACCCAUCACUGUGAACGAAAAGAAUAUGCAUUAUUCCAGGAGCCAUUGAAUCACUGCAUCAAACACUCCCCUCCCCCACUCCAAGCCUUCCCUAAAUCCUCAAUUUAAUUUUGAGGUCAUCUGAUUGUCAACAUAAUUUUCCCUGUUCUCUCUCUAUCAAUUUUUUUCUUUUUGUCUCCCAGAAUGCCUUGCACAUUUGUCUGACUCGGUACUGCCCCCUCACCUUGUUUUCCCUGUUUUGGGCCGAGGUUAACAGAGUAUAUUACUGAAGGUGGAGCUGACCAGUGAUAAUAUAGAUAAUCCAACAAAGAGUUGGUUAUUUACGCUCACACUACAAGGACUGCUGACUGACCUACAAUGUUUGCCUUAUGAAAAUGAAACCACUUAUUCGGUUAUUUAUAGUAAUGAUGGGUAUAAUAUGGUAUGAGCAGUCAUAUGACCUUUUAAAAGUUGUCCAAAUGGUGAUCACGUGUCACCCCUCAAGCACACAAACAAACAUAGACAUGUGCUUUUUUUCUAUUAUUUCUUUUAACUGUGUAGCAGUAAAGCUGCUAUGGAUGAUGUCAAAAUGUAUUUAAAAAAAAAGGUGGGUGGUGAUGGCGUCAGUCUUAACUGCCCCUUUAUGUAAUUUAGGGGGUUAUACUAAAGUUUCGCAUGCAGACUCCCUCACUACCCAAACCUGUCCAUCCCCCCAUCCUCCCCUCUGUUUGAAGUGCUCCGUCUGGUCUCACCUUUGCAUCAUCGUGGUGUUUUCUGCUGUGUGUCACUCCCCCCUCACCUUCCCUUCUCUUUCCUCCCCUAUCCCGCAGUGUAAAUAUAUGCAGUACAGAGGCUGAUCUGGCAACCAUAAGUUGCCCUCGCACCAAUCAGGCACCUCCAGGAAGCCUCGGCUUCGCUGCAGCCUUGUGAAGCAGCAAAGAGACAUAAUUUACUUUGUUUCAAAGCUGCAGCUCCAUCCUCUUUGUCACUUGUUGAUAGCAUGUACUGGUUAGAGAUGUUCCCGUUGUGAGUCCAUACCCUCCCCUCCCUCUGUCCCUUCCCGGCACUGUGUCUGUUCUACUCUGCAAGGUUACCUGCUUUUACUUUUUUGGUGUUAAUAAUAAUACUGAUGAUGAUGAUGUUAAUGAGUAUUUGAAUAACUAUGAAUAGUAAAUCCAUGUGAGAAAAAAAUCAAGAUCUGAUGGUGAAGAGUCAUGCGUGGGUGGGGGGGGGGGGGGGGGUUAAUAGAGCUUUUUUUGUAACCUAUUCACACCAUUGAACAACUUCAGUGAAAAAAGAAAAAAAUCAAAAAAAGGUGUAAAGUUUUCAAAGUGAUGUGCUCUAUUUUGCCAUGACAAGCUUUUUAAAAACACAUCAGAAACUUUCCUGAGGGGUCAUUUCAUGUAAGUCCGGAAGCGGCGACUGGUGGUAUAAUUUAUAAUUUGUAACAAUUUCUGUAUUUGAUUCUCUGUGUCAAGCUGUUAACUGCAUCAAACACACAUUCGCAACACAUUUGUCCACUUGUCAUUAAGUGUCCACUUGGACCAGCGAGAUGAAUGAUUUAAAUCCAUGUCACUUUUUGGUCGUGGCUGUAAGUCAGUUCUUUCCCUGCCAGAAUGCUGGCAGAUAAAGAUGUAAUUAGCUGUUACCUGUGGCUGGCUAAGAGGAGAAGCCUAAGCUCCACCUGUCCUUCCUCCCAUCCAGUUAUGGCUACCAUAAAUCAAGCUCAAUCCAGUCAGUGACAGGAAUCCUCUUCAAGGACAACCUUGCCUUGAUGCACCAGUCCUCCCUCCUGUGUAUACCUGUGACAUGCAGGCAUGAGCACUCCAAACCCCCAUGGCACAAUUAUCCACUUCCCCUGCACAACAGAAACAGAAGAAGGCCUGUAUUUCAACUCGGUGGCAGUGCUCUGUUCAGCAACUUUAUGCAAAUUUGCCAUUGUCAGCCAGCAUGGGGAGUUCACCUCGGCUGAUUCCUGAUUCCUGACUCCUGCGAUGUUCUGAGAAAAUUGCUUAACAUUAAAUCAAAUGUCUUAAUUGUCUUAUGUUCUUUUGAAUUUUCUUUCGAGGCAGCAAUAACCCUUGAGUCUAAUGUGCGAGAGAUUUCAGUCAUGGUUAAAGCUGUGGUGUAAUAUUUAAAAUAAUCUGCCAUUAACAAGCUCUAUCAAAUUAGUCUAUUGUUGUACUUUUAUUGUGUACAGUCCUCUGAAAUGAUUGUGACGCUCUCUUUAAAUGGCCCUUCAUUUGACACUUCAUAUUGUAACCACAAGGUCAUGCUCUUUGCAGCAGAUUUGGGUUGUGUGUGAACAAAGACACUGCAUGAAUUUUGUUGCUCCAAACCAACAAUGGAUUCAUUUUUAAGCACAAGAGCAGGCUGAUUUUUUUUUUUAUUGUCUUUUUUUAAAUAUUAUUUUUAUUGUUCACAUUCUGUUAUAAGUCAGCACCUCACUGGGUUUUUGAGUGGAAUAUAGCAUCUAUGUGUACAUAAAUUGUACUUAGUGAAGAGAAAAAACAAAAAGAGAAGACAAAUACAGACAUAUAAAACAUGCCUUGUCUGUCAGCUUUGGUUUGAAAAAAGAAAGUCACUGUUUGUGUAUGGAUGGAAUAUAAAAAAAUAAUAUGUUGUGUUGAGGUUUGCAAGUAUAACAGGGGAAAGUGUAAUAAAAUAGAACUUUUCUAAAGAGAA